AUGCAGGAUGAAGAUGGAUACAUCACUUUGAACAUCAAGCCCCGAAAACCAACUCUCAGCUCAGCUGAUUCUGCUUCUUCUUGGUGGCGUCUGAUGGCUUUAAUUCUGCUGAUCUCAUCCAUGGGGCUGGUUGUUGGGCUCGUAGCUCUGGGCAUCAUGUCAGUUACACAGCAAAAGUACCUACUGGCAGAGAGGGAAAGUCUCUCAGCCACUCUGCAACAAUUGGCCAAGAAAGUCUGCCAAGACUUGAUUAAACAAUCAGAGCUCAAGACAAAGAACACAUUUGAGCACAAGUGCAGCCCCUGUGCCACACACUGGAGAUACCAUGGAGACAGUUGCUAUGGGUUCUUCAGACAUAACCUAACGUGGGAAGAGAGCAAGCAAUUUUGUGCUGAGCAGAAUGCAACGCUUGUGAAGGCUGCCAGACAGAAGACUGUGGAAUACAUCACAAACAGGAUCACUUCUGUCCGUUGGCUUGGAUUAUCACGCCAGAACUCUAGUAAGGACUGGAUGUGGGAAGAUAACACAGUUCUUCCCAAGCAUAUGAUUGAUCUUUCUGGGAAUACAAGAGAAAACAUGAAUUGUGCUUAUCUUUAUAAUGGGAAAAUCCAUCCGGCUUCCUGUAUGGAUAGACAUUAUUUAAUGUGUGAGAGGAAGGCUGGCAUGGCAAGAGUGGACCAACUGCUUUAAUGCAGAAGGAUG